AUGACAACAAACCCACGCAAAGGUACCGAUCCGGUGCCUUUGGAAGAAAGUGAUCAACUAACUAUACGUCCUUUAGGAGCUGGACAAGAAGUAGGGAGAUCAUGUAUUAUGUUAGAAUUCAAAGGAAAGAAAAUAAUGUUGGAUUGUGGAAUUCACCCUGGGCUAUCAGGAAUGGAUGCCUUGCCUUUUGUGGACUUAAUAGAAGCUGAUGAAGUAGAUUUACUAUUGAUAUCACAUUUUCACUUGGACCAUAGUGGAGCUCUGCCAUGGUUUCUCACAAAAACUUCCUUCAAGGGCAGAGUAUUUAUGACACAUGCUACUAAAGCUAUUUAUAGGUGGCUCGUAUCAGAUUAUAUUAAAGUUAGCAAUAUAUCAACAGAACAGAUGUUAUACACAGAGUCGGAUCUAGAAGGUUCCAUGGACCGCAUAGAAACAAUAAACUUUCAUGAGGAGAAGGAUGUUAGAGGGGUUAGAUUUUGGGCGUACAACGCUGGUCACGUGCUUGGUGCUGCCAUGUUUAUGAUUGAGAUUGCUGGAGUUAAAGUAUUGUAUACAGGUGAUUUUUCAAGGCAAGAAGACAGGCAUUUGAUGGCAGCCGAGAUUCCCACUGUGCAUCCUGAUGUUCUGAUUACUGAGUCGACGUACGGCACGCACAUCCACGAGAAGCGCGAGGAGCGCGAGUCGCGGUUCACGGGGCUGGUGAGCGACAUCGUGCAGCGCGGCGGCCGCUGCCUCAUCCCCGUGUUCGCGCUGGGCCGCGCGCAGGAGCUGCUGCUCAUACUCGACGAGUACUGGUCGCUGCACCCGGAGCUGCAGGACAUCCCCAUUUACUACGCGUCGUCGCUGGCCAAGAAGUGCAUGGCGGUGUACCAGACCUACGUCAACGCCAUGAACGACCGCAUCCGCCGCCAGAUCGCCGUCAACAACCCCUUCGUCUUCCGCCACAUCUCCAACUUGAAGGUCGGUCGCGGUUGCUCCGAGUUUGUUUUGUUUUUAUUUCUUUUUGAUCCGAAACGCGAAACUUCCAAAAAG